CUUUACAGAGAUCAGAAAAGCAAACGUACAAAAAUACAAAGAAAAAAAAAUGAUGGCUUCCGAAGUAAAUGUUGAUGAAAUUAUGGACAAUCUUGGAGAUGGUAAAUUCUUCCAUACCACCCAGUAUAUUAUAUUCAGCACUUCUUUGCUGAUAUCUGCUUAUAACACUUAUUUCUACGUGUUUACAACCCUUUCUCCAGAAUACAGAUGUCAGAAUUUGACAGACAUUCAACUUGAUCAAUACAAUAUAUCGAGCAGUGAAGUUGAUCUAAUAUACGAUAAAUGUUCCAUUCAAGUUAUGAAUACCAAUGGAAUGUUUCCAGGCCAAAACCGAAGUCUACCCUGCCUGAAUGGUUAUCACUAUUCAACACCAGUUAGACGAUCAAUCAUAUCAGAGUGGGAUCUGGUAUGUAGCAAAGAAGGUUUGGCAGAAACCACUCAAACUUUAUAUACUUUUGGACAACUUAUAAGUGGAUUUCUAUCGACGUACUUUAUCGACAAAUAUGGACGAAAACCCACCCGUAUAUUGAGCAAUUUCUUCUUGAUAAUUUUGAACCUGAUUUGUGCAUUUUCACCGUUCUACGGCCUCUUUGCUGCGAUGAGGUUUCUCAUAGGAUUUUUUAGAGAGGCGUACACGAUUACCACUUUUACUGCUAUACCCGAGCUAUACUCGAAAAGAAAGCGAAUUAUAAUGAGUUCAAUGUCGGCUGCACUUUGGAGCCUAGCUAACUCAUUCCCAGGAUGGACAGCUUACUUACUGAAAGAUUAUAACUGGGAUGUGUUUCACUUGUUCAAUGCUCUUCUCUCAAUAUACUGCAUCUUAGAGAUUUUCUUCUUGGAGGAAUCUAUUCGAUGGUUGUUCGCUAAUUCUAAAAUAAAGAAGGCUAAAAGAGUUAUUAAAACGGCAGCUAAACAAAACAGAGUUGACUUUGAACGUAUCUGGAACAUAGCUUUGAAAGAAAUGUCACUACGUGAAGUAUCCGGUCAUGUGAAUGAGAACUUUUGUAAUAGCCGAGGUAGCGAUCCCAAAGUUACGACAGAUGAUACAACACUUAAACACACAGGCACCUGCGUUGGAAAAGAAGUUACAAAGCCCGUGCCCUCGUUGAUAUCAAGCAAGAACGAAGAAUCAAAGUUUGUCCUGAUGAUGGUUAUUUUUAAAUCAGCCUACCUAAGGAAAGUUACUCUAGCCAUUUGCUUUUGCUGCCAGGACCAUAUGCAACGUGGUUUGGUCUUUGUUGUACGCUCACCAAAAGAGAUGCUUAUUGACGGUGAGGCCUAGCAUCUGUAAAUGUCUGUGUUGGAUUGAAACAAAUAACGGAGUCCAACCAUGUUAAACUUCCCUGGUACCUAUUCACUGGGUGCUAUCUGUAUGAAGUUUGGCAAUAUAAAGCAGAACCCAGAAACACAAGAAAACUUUGCAUGUAGAUGUGAAUAACAACUCAUUAAACUAAUACAGGCAUACCACAAUUUCGGUCGUUAAUUCGUUCCAAGGCAUGCGACUUAACUGACAAACUACGUAACACGAA